AUGCGACCCAUACGACCACCGCCACUCGCUGCACUACAACUAAAACCGACCCCGCAGGGUCCAUGUUUCCUGACAUGUGCAAUAGCGGAUGAGAUUCGCAAUUUACUGCCACAGCGAUUACAGGUGCAUGAUCGCUGGCAGUGUAUCUAUAACUUGAACGUCCAUGGUGUAUCACUGGGUACGUUGUAUCACCACUGUUUUGCGUAUCGCGAUCGAUUGGGUGAACGCCCGGGUUUUGUUGUUGCUGUUCAAGAUCGACAGGGCCAAGUAUUUGGUGCGUAUGUGAAUGAGUAUCUACGACCUGAAGCUGGGUUUUAUGGCAAUGGCGAGUGUUUUCUCUGGAAAGUACAAUCAGCACAUCCUGGACCGGCCUCAGAAUAUAGUGGCGUUGCGGCAAUACGAUUCAAGGCGUAUCCGUGGACAGGUAUGAAUGACUACCAGCUGUACUGCACGCCGUCAUUCAUUUCGUUUGGUGGUGGGAAUGGGAAGUAUGGGUUAUGGCUCGAUGACCGGCUCGAGCAAGGGGUGAGUGGCAUGACGGAGACGUUUGGGAAUGAGUCGCUGUGUGAUGGGGUGGAGGAGGGCCGUCGAUUCGAAGUGGUGUCGGUUGAGGUUUGGAAGGUGUAG